GCGGAGGCGGCGGGGGCGGCGGAAUGUCGCCGGAGGACCUGUUCGAGGCGUUCUUCGCGCAGGCGGGCGGCCAUCCGUUCGCAAGGGGCGGCGGCAUGGGCGGCAUGGGCGGGCCGCGGGUGGUCUUCAGCAGCGGCGGGCUCGGCGGCAACGUGUUCCAUUUCUCCUCCAUGGGCGGCGGUUCAGGCUUCGGCGCGCACCCGGGCCUCCGGCGCCGAGCCGGCGGCGGGCCACAGCAGCGGCGGGAGGCCGGCGAGGACGACGAGAGGCCGGAGGAGCCCGUGCCCGCCUGGCUGACCGCCCUGCAG